AUGGCCGUCGCCUCUCGAACAUUCAGCCACGAUGAGGUGGAUAAGUUCAUCAAGCAGUACAUCUCACACGAGGGCGACUAUCCAUUCACUUACAAAAGCAUGGAAGUGGCUUCUGCUUUACCUAAGCUUCUGAAAGCGGCGGAAACGGUCAUCGAUACACCGUUUUUCAAAUAUGGGUUUCUAAGCCGCUAUCUCAAUGAUGGUUGGACGGGAUCAGAAUAUGUGAGAGAGAUCCGAGCAUGCUUCAUGAUAGAGACGGCAAGAAAUCUUUUCAACGGCUCUACAGAGAAUCCAGAUGAGGAGGGGUUUGGAAAAAAGAAGCAAGCAUACUGGACAUCUUUCACAAAAGCGGAAGUAGAAGCUGCAGGCGUAAUGUUUGAAAGCUAUGAACGAUGCAUGUUCGAAGCUCUCUAUAACAGCCAUGGCGGGGAUGAGUAUUACGAGAACAUAGGUCUUCUCAGAGACUACUUUGACAGUGGAGAAACUCAUUCUUUCAUCCGGGAGUUUUCAAUUGAAGCUGGGUUGGACCAGUUAUACAAGUGGAAGGUCGGAGAACUCAAUCCACAUACCUCAUUCCACAGCUUCCUGGUCAACAGACGUGGGCAGCGUGAGGGAUACCAGCAUUUCCACGCAUUUGUGGCAAGCGAGGACACGGUCUUCGCCGAAUCCCCAUUCCAGCCGGGCAAGAAAGCGAUCGUUCUAGACCAAUCCAACCACUCGGACAAUCUGCAGGGACAGCAUGAUUCGGCUGACGAUGACUCUGACAAUGAGUCUAACUCGAAGUCUAACUCGGAGUCUAACUCAGAGUCUAACUCGGAGCCCCAGUCGGAGCCAGAAUCUAACGAUGACCCUGACGAUGACCCUGACGAUGAGUCUAACUCGGAUUCUAACUCGGAGCCUGAGUCGGAGCCCCAGUCGGAGCCCGAAUCUGACGAGGAAUCAGAAUCCGAGCCCGAUGAAAGACAGGUGUACAACCCAGACAACUAUGACUUCGCGACAGUGGGCGACUGGGAGCUGGGCGAGGAGAUGUGGAGCCGCUGGAGAACAAGUUCUUCAACCAUGGGCUUUCAGGAAUGGAUGGACAAUGAGAUGAUGUGUCGAGAGGGAGACUCCGAGUAUGAGGAUGACUAUUACGAUUAG